AUGAGUGGAAUUGUAAUUUUUGGUGGUGAUUCUCAUCCGGACUUAGUGAAGAUGAUAUGUGAAAAUGUUAACAUUCACCCAUCUGAAGUUACAUUAGGCAAAUUCUCUAAUGGUGAAACUAGCAUCAGCAUUGGUGAGUCAGUCCGUGAAAAGGACGUCUAUGUUAUUCAAAGUGGUUGUGGCCAAGUCAAUGACACAUUUAUUCAAUUAUUAAUCUUAAUUAGUGCAUGUAAAUCUGCAUCAGCCUCCCGUGUCACAGCAGUACUGCCAUAUUUCUGUUAUUCAAGACAGCCUGAUAUCCCAUAUACAGCCAAAGGGGCCCCAUUAAUCUCGAAGCCAAAGGAACACUAUACUUUUGAAUCUCGUGCGGGUACAGCGGUAUCAUCCGUCAUGACCCAAAGACCUGGUGCUGAUAGCCCAUUUAAGAGUUUAGAUUCUGCUAUACGAUCCACUAUUAAUCUAGAGCAUCCCCAACCACAAAGAGGCCCACCAGGAUUGAGUAAAGCAAUGUCAUUAUCCAGAAUUCCAAUGAUUCCAGGUGGUAAAGUACAAACUCCGGGAGCUACAUCAGAUGCAGGAGAACUAUUUAAUUCGCAAAAUGCUGGUUAUAAAUUAUGGGUUGUCCAAGCUGGUACAUUAAUUGCCAACUUAUUGACAGCAUCGGGUGCUGACCAUGUGAUUACUAUGGAUUUACAUGAUCCUCAAUUCCCAGGGUUUUUUGACAUUCCAGUCGAUAAUCUUUAUUGUCAACCACUUCAAACUAAUUAUAUUCAACAUAAUAUUCCAAACUAUAAAGAUGCUGUGAUUGUGUCGCCGGAUGCAGGUGGUGCAAAGAGAGCUACUGCCAUCGCAGAUAACCUUGAAUUAUCAUUUGCGCUAAUCCAUAAAGAAAGAAGAUCUCAAUUAUUAAAGGGUCCUCCUGAUGCUACGUUGACAUCUGGUGGUGCGCUACCAGUGUCUCCUAGACCAUUGGUCACCAACUUGGCUCCUCAAGAGAUGAAACAUUCUGCUUCCGUUUCUUCAAACGCAUCGGUGUCGUCUACAAGUUCAAGUAAAUAUAUUCAAACUACCAUGUUAGUCGGGGAUGUAAGAAAUAAAGUUUGUAUUAUUGUAGAUGAUUUGGUGGAUACAUCAUAUACGAUUACACGUGCAGCCAAGUUGUUGAAGGAUCAAGGUGCCACUAAAGUGUAUGCAUUGAUCACACAUGGUAUCUUUUCAGGAGAUGCUCUAGAUAGAAUCCGUCAAAGUAGUAUUGAUAAACUGAUUAUUUCCAAUACAAUUCCACAAAAUAGAACUGUCGACUUUUUAGGGAAGAAAAGAGUGGAAAUCAUUGACGUUUCUAGGGUCUUCGGAGAAGCUAUUAGAAGAAUCCAUAACGGUGAAUCUAUCUCUAUGUUAUUUGAACAUGGAUGGUAG